AUGUCUUCACGCGACGACGCCUCUGCGGCCUCGACAUAUGAGUCGCAGAGUGCGACCGGGCCGCCGCCGACCUACGCCUCCUUCUCUCCCGUCACCCUGUCCGCCAACACGCCUUCGCCGUCCGCUCGUCGUUCGAAUAUCCUGGUUCACCAAAAGAGCCCGCUGUUGCUGGCCACGCCACCGCAGGUCACCCGCGCCCUCGCCUACAGCCAUCCUUUUCUACUGCCGCUCAACAAGCUCGUCGGCCUGCUGACCUGGAGCACCGGCGAUCCGUGGCAGAGCUUUCUGCUGCUGUCGGCCUUUUGGCUGGUAGUGCUCUAUGGAGAUGUCGUGGUGCGACGAGCUGGCCCCGUCGUCAUCGGCAUGGUCAUCAUCGCCGGCAUGUAUGGACGGAGGUAUAGCCCCUUGAGCAGCAGCGGCUGGACUGAGCCAGCUCGACCAACUAAGGAUGCGUCUAGUGGCAGCUCUGCGUCGGCCUCUGGUUCUCACGCCGAAGGGGCCAACUCUAAAAAGGUCAAGCACCAAAGGGCCGCCUCCGAAGUCACAAGCACCAAACAUCAGAAGACCCUCGACGAGAUCGUGGAGACGCUCAAGGAGUUUACCGGCCGGUGCAACGUUUUGAUGGAGCCCUUGCUGGAGAUGACCGACUUUCUCAGUACGCAACGAACCCCCACAAGCGCAACCACGAAGCCCGCCUUGACAGCCAUGUUUGUCAGGCUUCUCGUCGUAACUCCCUUCUGGCUCGCCUUGACAAUGCCACCUUUCCAUGUCAUCACGACUCGUCGAGUCAUCUUGGUGUUUGGCACAAUCAUCUUGUCCUGGCACGCAAGACCCUUGAGGGUUACCAGGACUCUUCUGUGGAGGAGUUCACUCGUCAGACGGUCUGCAGCAGCAAUUACCGGACUCCGUUUUGACGGGCCUCUCAAGACCGGACACAAGCUGGCUGCCGAAGCCGCCAAGGGUCCCUCCGCUGCCGCCGUUGACAAAGGAAAUCGCAAGGCUGGGCGCAGAAAGAGCUCUGGCGUCAAGUUCACAUUCAUCAUAUAUGAAAACCAGCGUCGAUGGGUUGGUUUGGGCUGGACAGCGAGUCUGUUUGCCUACGAACGCCCUGCGUGGACUGAUGAACACAACAACCCCGUGCCUGCAAGGGACGACUUUGAGCUGCCCGAUGUCGAAGACGGGAGCAGAAUGCGUUGGCAGUGGGUCGAGGGCAGUCAAUGGAGAGUUGAUGGUGCCUCUGAUGAGAGAGGGCCCGUCGACUACGAUGGCGAGGAGGGCAAGAAUGGCUGGAUAUACUAUGAUAAUAAGUGGCAAUAUGGUCGGCGAGGUCAGGACGGCUGGGCAAAGUGGACUCGACGUCGAAAAUGGUACCGAGACGCAGAGCUCGUCGAGGUCGAUGAAUCAGACUCGACUUUACCAGGCGAGAACGGCGCCUCGCAAUCACCAACGCAAAGUCUUAAGAAGGGCUAUUCUACUUCUGGUGAGAAAAUGGUCCCAGUUCCGGCUGAGUCGCACGCCGUGCCCAGUGACCAACCCGACACCCAUGACGACGGUGCAUCGAUUCUCUCGACAUCGUCCAAGUCAUCAUUCUGGCCCUCAUCGUUCAGGAGACGGGGGCCGGGGAAAUCAAGUACAUCAAGUACAUCGACAGAAAAGGGUCAAUCGAGGAACAUCGCGGAAACUAUGCCGGACGACGACGCCAGCGGACUAGAUUUGGAGACGGAGUUGGAGUUACAAAAGCAAGGCAAGGACGGCGGCUGCUGGGGCAUUGGGGACGAAGCACAUAUGAAUCUGGAGUGA